UAUAGCAACACCCUAUACAGACUUGUCCUUAGCAAACAGCUUGAGAAUUUCAGGCUUAUUAGCAGUUUAUUAAUUGUUUGUGCUAAAAAAAUAAAUACUAAAAUAAUAAUGUUCAAAAGAUUUAACUCAAAGGAAGACUUUAAAGGAACAACACCUAUUAAAUCCUCUAUCCAACGUGGCAUCAAGUCAAAACUUGUUGAAACUUUCCCUAAGCUCGAGCUAGUCAUUGACGAAUUGAUCCCAAAAAAAUCUCAGUUGACGCAAAUUAAAUGUGAGGAUCGUAUCUUCCUGUAUGCUUUGAAUGGAGAAGUAAUUCUCUUUCAACACUUUGAUGGACCAGUAGUUCCCUCUCUUCGCCUUAUUCACAAGUGUCCCGAUGCUUUCCCUCAAGUUCGCGUUGACCGUGGUGCUAUCAAAUUCGUUUUGUCUGGCGCCAAUGUUAUGAUUCCGGGUCUUACUUCUGCAGGUGGAAACUUACCAGAAGAUAUUGGCAAAGAUGAAUAUGUGAUUAUUAUGGCUGAAGGAAAAGGAGCUCCGGCCGCCAUUGGUCUCACAAAGAUGACUUCUAAAGAAAUGAUUGAGACAAAUAAGGGAAUUGGAAUUGAGAAUGUCCACCAUUUAGGUGAUAAUUUGUGGAAAACCAUUUUAGAUUAAAUGCACGACCUGAGGAAUGUGUACAUUUUUACAAGCCAUGUUGAUUGAAAAAUCUCUUAGACUUAAAAAUUAAUUGUUUUUCUAUGUGGAGUUGUUUGCACCAAUAAAAAAAUUCGAAUUUGCAAAGAAAGUUCAUGAGCCUUUAAAGUAAUGAAUAAGUAGGAUAUUUUUGUAUGGUCUUAUUUACACGUUCAAAUUCCGCA